AUGGCGGGAAGGCGGUAGCGGCCGAGCCCCUGGGGCGGACCGGCGGAGGAGGCGGCCUGGGCGAGGACGCUGCGGGGGGCCUGCGAGCCCGAGCACCACUGGCGGUACCGCCGGGAGUUUCUGCUGCGCAACGUGGGCGAGCCGCCGGCGGCGGGCAGCGCUCAGCUGCAGCGCCUGGUGUCCCUCUCCAUGGUGUGGGCCAACCACGUCUUCCUGGGAUGCCGGUACCCUCCGCAGGUCAUGGAGAAGGCGCUGGAAAUGGCUGAAGGCAUCCAAGUGACCGGCGCGCCUGUCCGCACCACGAGAGACGAACUGGUUGCCAAGGUGAAGAAAAGAGGCAUAUCAAGUAGCAAUGAAGGGCUAGAGCAGCCCUCCAAGAGACAAGCUGUUGAGAAAAGCAAAGACUCUAAGGAUGCUGGAAAAGAUGUGAAAACAAUCAAGGCAGAAGCCCUGAAGGAAACAGAGAGCACAUUGCCAAAAAAGCAGGAAAAAGGUACUAGCAAAGAUCCAGAAAGUUCCCAGUCAACUUGCAGCUCAGAUCAAGAAAUGGUCGUAGCAUCAGACAUAGAAGCAGAAGGAAAACUUGCUAAUGCUGAAAAUACUGCUGAGCAAAAGUCAUCCUCAUCUGAAAAAGAACCAGGAAAGAAGCCUUGCUCAAGCCCAUCUGAAGAAAGCAAGUGUGAAAACGUGCCAUCACCUGAAAAGAAAACUACAGUAAGUGUAGCGCCGCUGGCUGCCAAAAGCGCCCUGCAGCCAGAGGCAGUGGUGGCAGCAGUGCCACCAGCUGCCAAGAGCACCCCGCAGGCAGCAGUGGUGGCAGUGGCAGUGCCAUCAACCUCCAAGAGCACCCCACAGGCAGCAGCAGUACCACUGAUUGCCAAGGGCACCCCACAGGCUGCAGCGGUGGCAGCAGCAGUGCCACCAACCACCAAGAACACCCCACAGGUAGCAGUGGUGGCAGCAGCAGUGCCACCAGCUUCUAAGAGUACCCCACAGGCAGCAGUGGUGGCAGCAACAGUGCCACCAGCUUCCAAAAGCACCCCACAGGCAGCAGUGGUGGCAGCAGCCAUGCCACUGACCACCAAGAGCACCCCACAGGUGGCAGCAGUGCCACCAACCACCAAAAGCACCCCCUCCACAAAUGCUGCACUGCUGUCUUCCAAAAACCAAGCGAGUACCCCAGCAGCAGUGUCCAAGAGUGCUGCUCAAGUGGGCAGUUCACUGCUUCUGGCCCCCAAGAGCGGCACUCAGGUGGGCACCUCGCUGCUGCUGUCCCCCAAGGGCCCUGCUAAGGUGGGCUCCUCGCUUCUGGCCUCCAAGAGCAGUGCCGAGGUGGCCGCCUCGUUGCUGGCCGCUCGGAGUGGCACGCAGCCGGGAUCCUCACUGCUCGCUUCCAAGAGCAGUGCUCAGGUGGCUGCCUCGCUGCUGGCUGCCCGGAGUGGAGCUCAGCAAGGUCCCUCCUCCCGGGGUGGAGCUCAGGCAGGUGCUUCCCUGCUGGCUUCCAAGAGUGGCUCACAGGCAGGUGAAAGCCCUGCUAAGGCUUUGUGCAAACCAUUAACCAGUGAAGAUGCAAAGGAAAGACAGCCUUUUUUUAACAGACUCUACAAAGCUGUAGCCUGGAAACUGGUUGCUGUUGGAGGCUUCAGUCCUAAUGUAAAUCAUGCAGAACUUCUAAACUCAUCUAUUCAGUCCGUAAAAGCUACAUUAGAUGUUGCUUUUGUUCCCCUGAAGGAACUUGCAGACCUGCCUCAAAAUAAAAGCUCUCUAGAAAAUAUAGUUUGUGAACUGAGGUGCAAGUCUGUCUACUUGGGUACUGGCUGUGGUAAAAGUAUGGAAAAUGCCAAAGCAGUGGCUUCGAGAGAAGCUUUGAAAUUAUUCCUCAAGAAAAAAGUUAUUGUGAAGAUAUGUAAAAGAAAAUACAAAGGUAGUGAAAUUGAAGAUUUGGUGCUUCUGGAUGAAGAGUCAAAGCCUUCAAAUUUGCCUCCAGCUUUAAGAAAUCCUCGUGAGAUCUUGUAGGGGAGAAUCACUGUUUCUACUGUGUAUAGUAUUUCAAUACAAGGACUGAAGGUUAAUUUUGUACUUUAAAAAAGUAGGCUUCCAGAUAUUUUGUAUUUCUUUCUCAGUUUUGCAAGACAAUGAUAGUUCUUUCACUCAGUAGCAAUUGUAUAAAACUUGUUAGAGAUGACAAGUGUGCAUUUAAAGGUAUUGCCUUAAUAUACAGCACACUAGUGUGCUGUUGUAUUUGCAAAAUAGUCUACCUAACUCUUCUAUUUUUAAUUAAAGUAUUAAGGUACAAUUUGCUGUAAAACCUGACAUUUUUGUAAUUCUUACAAUUUGAUGGCAGUGUGCUCAAUUGUCUACCAUGUCUUUUCUAGCCACAUAGAAGUGUGUACGUAGGGACCAUAAUACUUGAAUGAUUGAAGGUUAUUUAAAAAUUUCAAUCAAAAAGUUGGAUUGUCUGUUUCAGGCUUGUUCCUCAUAAUGUUCACUGUUGAUCAUACUAGGAGAGAAAGUAGUUGGUUGACUAUUUUUAUGGGAUGUUUUCAUAACACUUGCAAUAUAAGUGACACCCUGAUCCCAUUUAACAUUAUACUAGCAGGUUAGAGCCAUAGCAUCACACUGGUGACUUAGCAAUUAGUCAAGUCACAGCUAUUUCAGCCACCAAAACUAAGCAGAUAUAAUUUAUAUUGUGAAGUAUCAUUUACAGUUCUGGGUUUUUUUUUUCAAAUAAACAUGGAUUUCUACACUAAGUAUAUUUUGACUGGUACUCAAAACAAUAAAACCUCUGGGAUAAACUUUUAUAGUGCUUUGGUUUUGGCUACUAAAUAUUCCAGCCAUUUCAAUAACUUUGCAACACCUUCAGAAAAGCUUUACUUCUGCUUCAAGGUGUAAUCCCACAAGGAUGUUGGUUUCUUUAGAUGUGAAAUACUGUAAAACUGAUAGAGUGGACCUAUAGAAUAUCAAUUUCUACUUUUGUAACACCAAGAUAAUCAAAAUGAAGAUGCUGCUGUCUGCUGGAGACAGUGAGUGUAUUGUAAAGCGUUCAUGCUAAUUGAGCCCUUCCUUUGCUACAUUUUUAUACCCUGUACAGAAUGAUUUGAAGCAAGGAAAGUAGAUUACCUUUUGUUUUCAAUGUUACUGAAAUACCUGCACAAACUGCAUGUUUUGGUAUAUUGGAUAAUGACAUGUAAUUGUAAAAACAUAAUGUCCUCAGUGCUAUUUUGAAUUAAUCUUGUCUGAUUACAGUAGUUAGCAUCAUUUAGUGGCGACCUUAUGCUUCACUGACAGAUCCAUUGAUCAAGUACUACAGGAGUGAAUAGGAAGUUCUGGGAUCCCAGCAGUACAUACGUCCACUUCAAGUUCUUUUGUGAUUUUUUGGGACUAAACCACAGUUGUGUUGUUGCGCUCUACCCUACAUGAUUUUAAACAGCAGUGGCUGUCCAUGGCACCAGAAGCCUGCAAGGGACUCAUGCUUCCCAAUGGCUGGUUGAGAACUUCCUCCACCUGACCCCUGUGCUUCUGUGUCCUCGGUCACCCUUUGCCCUGGUUAGGUUUCUCAGGAGUUCCCCCUCGGUAUUCCUGGAGCACAACCUGAUGUUCAGAAUGGAAUGCUCUAAAUUGCAUCUUAGCACAACAGCUGGUACAUGCUUAAAGCUCAGGGCAAGCUUCGUGCUUUGCUUAGGAGCUGUGGUAUUCAUGAUGGGAAGUGUGAGAUCUAUUUUCAAGUCCCCACCCUGUUCAGGUAGAGAUACAGAAUGACGGGGUUUGCAGGGCAGGAGUUGCAUCCUGUGCCCUCUGGAGUACAGCUUUUGCUGCUGUUGGUUUGGGCAUCUCCAGAUCUCUGGUUCAGAAUUGCAGCGUGUUGCAGUGUGAAAACCCGUGUUUCUCGUCUGGAAAGCAAAGCUCACAGUAUUGACUGACCUCAAGGGGCUGAUAGGGCAACUGUGUUAAAAGGCUGAGGUGCUAGAUGCCAUUUUUUUAAAGACCUGACUUAGGCUUACUUUUUAAAAAAUUUUGAAUGUUAUUCCUCUUUGAUGUUUGGUUGUGAAUCAUUAAAGAAUGAGUCUGUAGCUACUCUUAAUAGAAACUGAAA